CCAGGUUGAAGCUCCAUCCACUAAAAAUGUUACAGGUCAAAUAUUCUCUUCUGCAGUUUGAGUAUUUUGGGCGUUUCCGUAAAUGCCUUAUGCUCAGACAGACCCUUUAACUCGGUGUCGUGUUGUUGGAAGUUUGUCACACAACGUCAGUGUGUCUUCGGCACGUUCACCUCGAACGAUGCAACUCUCCGCCGGCUUCUUCUUCUUAGCACUUUACUUUCUACAGUUUGGAUGUUCAUGGAGCAUCGAGUGCACCACCUCGCCUCACUCACGGUUCUCUGAUCAAACUGAGUACAACGUCUCAGACACGUCACGUGUGCCAGAUGUCAAUGAGCCCGACUGCACAUUCACUUGGUCGGAUAAUUAGAGGUUUUUUUUCUUAAGUCCACACUCCAGAUCAGUGGGUGGCGGUAAUGCCAAAGUUGUUUGCCAACCGCCAUAAAAAGCCGAAGAAGAAGAAGAAGAAGAAGAAGAAGAAGAAGAAGGCGAGGUGGCGUUAAAAGGAGAAGAUUGAGAAGAGGUCCUCUUCAAGAGGAACGAUGCGACUCUCCGCCGGCUUCUUCUUCUUAGCACUUUACUUUCUACAGUUUGGAUGUUCAUGGAGCAUCGAGUGCACCACCUCGCCUCACUCACGGUUCUCUGAUCAAACUGAGUACAACGUCUCAGACACGUCACGUGUGCCAGAUGUCAAUGAGCCCGACUGCACGUUCAGUUGGUCGGAUAAUGCCACUGUGAUUGCAGAUCAUCGAUCAAAGGACCCUAAGUGGGUGGUGGAAUACAGCAUCAACUACCUCAUCACCCCGAAAUGCUCGGACAACAUCUCCUUCAAACGAAUGUGCUCUGAGGGGAUCGGUUAUCUAGCUCACUGUGAGAUCAACUGCACCUUAAGAGCCCUCCAGAGGUCUCAGGAACAAGAGAUUGAUGCUGGUCCUGGUGUUGCUGUGAAUCCUGCUGCUGUUGCUGUGAAUCGUGGCGUUGCUGCUGGUGCUGCUGCUGGUGUUUUUUUACUUGCUAUCGUCCUACUUUGUGUCUUGGCAAAUUUAAAAAAUACUUUUCCAGCUGGAACCCGGCCAGAUGGAUCCUCUGCUUGAAGAACAGUGACCCAAAAACGUCUGAAAGGGAAACCAGCAACAGGAAGACGUUGUACUUUUCAAGGGUUGUCAACAAUCUUUAACUGUAACAUUAUUGACAACAAUGUACUGCCUCGGAUACAUACAUGAUUUUAUAAUACGGUUGCCAGUGACCAUUAUGAAUAGCAUAGUAAACCUCCACUUUUGUCCUUUAAACCCAAUUCAGUACCCAGAGCCUUUAACCACUCAUAACAAGAGAUUCUCCUCAAAAAGUUUACACAAAACAUGUUUGCUCACUGUUAAAACUUGAAAUGACAGCUUUAUGCGUGCACUGAUAUGGAGCGCUCAGGUCACUGUAAACGGUACUGUACAUGGGUCAAUAAUGUACACCCUGUGACUCACUCUCAACCAAUCAGAAUGCUGGAUUUCACCUACCCGUAUUAUAACAUACUACGAGUGUUAUUGGUUUACUGGAUCAUCUCAGUUAUUCUGCCGCACUCCUUAUUUGUGUUGUGCAUUCAUGUCACAUGUUACUGUUACCAAGAUUGUGUUAGUAGCUGAAACCUCUGCUACAGAUAUUUUAAUCACAUCCAUUACAAUCAGAAAUGAGCCACGAUACACAGUUUUCUGCAGACAUGUAUAUAAAUGACUGGAUAUGCCAAUCCGGAUUCAUCCACCGCACAAAGAAUUCACAUGUGGCCUUCUAUCAGUCAUAUUUGGUGAGAUCUUCUGUUAUUUCCCUCAGCAAUAUUUCAUCUCAGCAUUUACCAGUCUCAGCCUUUAUGCUAAUCACACAGCCAGUAAUAAGCAAACAGGAAAACUCACAUUUCUUCUAGCGCACUUUUAAGGACCAAACCAGGCCACAUUUUCGGUACUAAGAAAAACUACCAUUUGGAAGCCAGAGUUUUUAGUUAAUAUUAUUUAUCGUGCAUCCAUCCUCACCCUUGUCUGCCCUGACAUAUUGAAGGGAAAGCUAUUCAUGUUUUCAUAUAGAUAUUGUAGUGUAGUGUAGCCAUUUGUCAUUGACCCAUUGCUUGGGAGCAAUAAAUCAUUACGUGUCAAAGGGUCGCUGCUGCACUCAGUCUCAGCCUUUAUGCUAAACACACAGCCAGUAAUAGGCAAGCAGGAAAACUCAAACUUCAAGUUUACUUCUAAGGACCAAACCACGGCACAUUUUUGGCAUUAAGAAAAAUGACCAAAACCAAGUUUUUGUUUAUAUUAUUUAUUGUGCGUCUAUCUUCACCUUUGUCUGCCACGGUGUUGUGAAUCUGUUGUGCCAUAUUUGCUUUUUAUAAUGUGAACCCUUCAAUAAAAUAAAACCGUAUGGUGUUGUACCAAACCAAA